AUGGUGGUAUUCCGAUUGCUGCUUGGCCGGCUACCCAGGUUUGGGCCUGGCAAAACAGAGGGCUUGGACGGCGCCCGACCUGCCCGACGUGGCGAUGGUCAGUGCAGUUGUGGUUUUGAGAGCGGCGCCGAUGUCGUCGUGAACGACUUUGUCGCAGCAGGCUGUGAUGAGCCGGACCGGUGCAUUUUGCCUGGUUCCAGUGGUUGUGUUCAGGCUGAUGAUGGGGCCGGUGGAGGAUCGGCCGCGAGCCUUGAGUUUGGAGAUGGAUGUGGGGCCGGUGGUGUUUUGGCUGCAUGCCCACUGCUGGCAUUGAUCCUUUUCGUGGGUGUGGUGACGGCGAUCAUGCUGUGGAUGGUCUUCGUGGAGUUGCUGAAUGGCUGGGCCGACGAUGACGGCGGCGCUGCUGCAACUUUUGGGGCGGAGGAGGACGAGUCUUACGAGGCGCUCUUCGCCCAGCUCGAGCAUUUGCUAUGGCAGCGUCCUGCUGACCCUGUUCGUGCCUUGGCUGCGCUUAUGCAGGAGUGGCAGAAUCCUGCCCGGACGGUGCACGUGGCGCCCAGAUGGUCGCGCAAGAAGCGGGCCAAUGAUCAGGAUUGGACACCGUGGUCUGGCUGGGAUGGCUAUGCUCCUGUGGAUCGGUGGGGCCGGCACGCCGCUUCUAGUGCUGAUGAUGAUGCUGGUUGGGUGGAGGUCUCUCGCAAGAAGGCCAAGAAGCCCAAGGGACGUGAUUCGCAGGUUGCUCUGUUUCUCUUUCUGGAAGGGGGACUGGCAAGGAUCGUGCUCAGGCUGGCGGCAAAGGCAAUGGUCAGCUGGGUCCCCUCUCUCCUUUGCAUUGGGGCCCGCGGGCUGCUGAUUGGCAGCCGGGCACCCGUAUCAUUGAGGAUGUCACGGAGGUCCUGCAUGAUCCCUCCAUCGAUGCUGUUGCCUAUGUCCUAUGUCAAGACAGAGGAGGAAUUGGAGAGGUACCGAGAGUUCGGAGGUUUUUGGGAGGAGCUUCGCAUGCCAGGUGAGUGGCGUGGCCAUGUCCGGGCGGCCAAUGUGUGGGCUGCUUUCUGCAGCGAUAAUGCGCCGCGCUUGAAGCAGAUGUCGGUGGGAGGCUUUGACGAAGAACGCAGGAGCCCACUUCAGGGAUUGGACCCAUGCCGCGAUAGGGCACAUCCGGGAUUCCUGGGGAUGGCAAUUGUGGUCAGAGGGCUGGGAGGAAAUACAGCGACGAUCGAGGGACUUGUGCGUGUCCCCUCGGAGCAUGCUUGUACUUUGCUGAAGCUUUCGGGGCAUUACGCCCGUUCGGAGCGCUGGUUUGUGAACGCUGUCUCGAGGCAGCAGACUUUGGAUGGUGUGCCACCGUUGGCAGUCGACUGGCUGGACUGGCAAGAAGGCGAAUCUUGGUCUCAAUAUGCCAGACGUGCUCGCCGGGCAUUGGCUGAUACGGGUUUCGGUCUGGCUUGGGGCAUGUCCCAACUUGGGGUGGGGAGGGCUGCUACCACCGCCGAUGCGGAGCGGCCGCGCACCGUUUUCAGAUCCUGGAGACUCACCGGCAUUCCGAGGGAUUGGGCCUUUGAGGAUGUGGAGACCUUCUUGGGGGAUGCUUCUUUCGAGGAGGUCGAGCUGCAUGAGCGCCGUCCUUGGCGUAACGGCACUACUUGCUGGGUUUUCAAGGCUAGGGCUGCUGCUGAUUAUGAUUUCUUCUCCACUGUGAUUGCCGAGCAAUUGGUUGAGGCCGUGCGACUGGGUCUUCAAGCCCGCGGGAAAGCCCGGGGGGAAGAGACGGUGGGCCACUUCGGGGAUCGUGCCGCGAAAGUUUCCUCUCCGCCGCCGGCUGCUUCCGAGAUGCAGGUCGAGUCUGGUGAUGCCCCUCGACUCGAUGAUGGUAAACCCUCGGCUAAAACCGAUUCGGCCGAGGUCUCCAAGCGUCAGAAGGCUGGGUGUAGUGGCCCGCCGAUCCCUGCGGGAAUGGUGCUGAAGGACAACACCGGUGCUGGAAACUGCAUGUACUUAUUGGUCGGUGUUGGCCGAUCCCGGCGCAGCGCCUCAGACCUGCGCAAUGUCGUCUGCAAGCAUGUUCGCAAACACGCUCUCUGGAAUAUGAAGGUUUGUGGGCUGGCGACGCCCCCGACGCUGCUGGCACUUCGAUGUUAG